AUGGUAUUCAAUAAACAGUAUAUAAAUAACAUGUUAAAUAAAUAAUAACCAUAUGAUUUUAGUCUUGAUGUUUAGAGUUUAGCUAUCGUAUUAUAUGAACUCGUAUGUGGGAAUGCUACAUUUAGAGGUAGAAAUAAUGAAAAAUUGUGUUAUAAAAUUAAAUCAGGAUAACCAAUUAAUUUACACCUAUAAUAUCCCAUGAAGUUAAAACUUUUAUUAAAGUAAUCUUAAAGUAUAUUUCAUCCGAAAGAUUUUCUAUGA